UCCACGUCAAGCAGCAAGCACCAGCAUAGCAACAUGGGCAAGAUCCUCCUCUCUGCGUGGUUUAUCGCCAUCACCGCCGCGUCGUGGUACGCGAUCCGGGGCGUGGCCCUCCAGCAACCCGGCUUCAAAGGCCAGACAUGGAUCAAGACGGAAAAGUGCUUCGAGCAGCCGGGGUUCAAGUACUACUCGUUCCUGUCGCCGACGCUCAACGGCAUCAACUGCGUGCUCAACACUGUGUUUUUGGCGGGCAACACGGCCGGCGAGGGCGAGAACGUGCUCAUGGGCGUCUUUGGCGGGCUGUACGUCACGCACAUUGUGCAGAUGGUGUACGAGUCGUUCCGGCCCCGCCGCGGCGCGGCGGCGUUCGGCGCGCGCCUCGCGUCCGUCUUCGCCCUCAUCGGCCAGCUGACGACCAUCGCCGUCGCGUCGCCCAUCUACUUUGCCAUCGUGUUGCUCGGCCCCAAGCCCCGCGGCCAGUGGCGCCCCAAGACAGAGUACAUCUACACCACGCUCGUGGCAUUCUUCGUCGGCGGCAUGCUCCCCUCCCUCUGGAUGCAGGAGAGCGGCAUGGCGUUCGACGCGCUCAGCUUCUGGCAGCCGUUCCCGCUGUACGUCAACAUCCUCGCCAUCAUCCUGCCUGUGAUCCUCGUGCCGUUGUUUUCCAAGACGAGCCCCACCGCCCCGAUCCUCAUCAUCACCGCGCUGGUCCUCUACCCCUCGCUCAAGGGCCACCUCAAGCUCCUCCAGAGCGACGUGCCCCUCCGCGACGUCCUGCUCUACUACCUCCCCAAGGACUGGCCCGCCGGCGCGCCAGACAACCUCGGCUUCAUCGCCCACCUCGUCUUCAGCGCAGACUUUACAUUCACGCUCAUCGCAAACUACUCGUGGCUGCUGUACAACCUGCGCCCGGGCGGUAUCGGCCAGGCUCUGGUCUACAUUGUCGUCCUCGUCGCCCUCACCGUCGCUUCGGGACCUGGCGCGGCCUCGGCCCUCGUCUUUGCGUGGAACGAGCUCCUCGGCCCCAACUCUGGCAACGUGCCCCUCAACUUCUAGUCGAGUAGCCCUACAACGCGCCAAGCCAAGGGGCUGUGACGAUGCCUGGGACAGUGAGAACCCAUGGCCGAGAAGUGAAGCAGGACUAGAGAAUGCGCUCUUGUAGUAAUCAGUACCCUGCGUCGUUAUCUAAACUACCUCGAUGCACCUGUCACUCU